CACCUGCCCAGCUUCCCUCUCCUCUCUCCAGUGUUUAAAAGAUUUGAUGUUGACCUUCAAUAACCUCAGAAGAACACAGGAGGACACCGACCGUCUGAGUCCAGCUUUUACCAGGGAGCACACCGGGAGGAGAGGCGCGAGAGGGAUCCGUCCCAGGGGUUGGAUUGGCAACUCGGGAUUUGUCGUCCUGCGAGGAGAGGAGAGGAGAGAGGAAAGGAGAGGAGAUCUUCAGUGCUGGAUCUGGAGCGACCAGCCGCCUUUUCUUCAGUCAGUGCUGCGGUAAAAGUCGUCCACGAUGCCGGUGUUUCACACCAAGACCAUCGAGAGUAUCCUGGAGCCGGUGGCCCAGCAGAUCUCUCACCUGGUCAUCAUGCACGAGGAGGGGGAGGUGGACGGGAAAGCCAUCCCGGAUCUGACGGUGCCGGUGGCCGCGGUGCAGGCGGCUGUCAGCAACCUUGUGCGGGUGGGAAAGGAGACGGUUCAAACCACCGAGGACCAGGUGAUGAAGAGAGACAUGCCUCCUGCGUUCAUUAAGGUGGAGAACUCGAGCUCAAAGCUGGUCCAGGCGUCUCAGAUGUUAAAGGCCGAUCCGUACUCUGUUCCUGCUCGAGAUUACCUGAUCGAUGGAUCCAGAGGGAUCCUGUCGGGGACGUCUGACCUGCUUCUUACCUUUGAUGAAGCAGAGGUGAGGAGGAUAAUUCGGGUGUGUAAAGGUAUCCUGGAGUACCUGGCAGUAGCUGAGGUGGUGGAGACCAUGGAGGACCUCAUCACAUACACCAAGAACCUGGGACCAGGGAUGACCAAAAUGUCGAAGAUGAUUGAGGAGCGGCAGCAGGAGCUCACACACCAGGAGCACAGACAGAUGCUGGUCAACUCCAUGAGCACCGUCAAAGAGCUGCUGCCGGUUCUCAUAUCAGCUAUAAAGAUUUUUGUGGCAACAAAGAGCAGUCGAGGUGCCGGCGUGGAGGAGGCAGAGAGAAACAGAAGGUUUACGUAUGAAAAAAUGAGCGGCGAAAUCACCGAAAUCAUCCGAGUGUUACAGCUCACCACGUGGGACGAAGACGCCUGGGCCAACAAGGAUAUGGAGGCUUUGAAGAGAUCUCUGGCUUUGAUCGAGUCAAAGAUGGGUCAGGCUAAGAGCUGGCUCAAAGACCCUCAUGGACAGCCAGGAGACCCCGGUGAGGUCGCCCUGCGUGUGAUCCUGGAUGAAGCGGGUAAGAUGGGGGAGCUGUGUGCUGGGAAGGAGAGGAAAGACAUUCUGGCAACAGCGAAAGCUCUGGGACAGAUGACAGACCAGGUCGCAGAUCUCCGAAUCAGGGGCCAGGGCCCGACCUCGGGGUGUGUGCAGCGUGCAGGCCAGUGCUCACAGGGCUUAGACUUGUUAUUUGGCAAAGUGGACAGUGCUGCUCGCAGACUGGAGGCUUUAAUCAAUGCCAAGCAGGCCAUUGCCAGGAGGCUGGAUGCUGCACAGGCUUGGCUGGCUGAUCCUAACGGCGGUCCUGAGGGGGAGGAGAACAUCAGAGCGCUGCUAGCAGAGGCCAAACGCAUCGCCGAUCUUUGUGAAGACCCAAAAGAGAGAGACGACAUCCUGCGCUCCAUCGGCGAGAUCGCAGGCCUCACCGCCAGACUCGUGGAACUGCGUAGACAGGGUAAAGGUGACACGCCUGAGGCCCGAGCUUUGGCAAAGCAGAUUGGCGGGGCACUGCUGACCCUGCAGUCCAAAACGAACCGAGCUGUAGCCAACAUGAGACCGGCCAAACCUGCUGUCACCCUGGAGGGAAAGAUGGAGCAGGCCCUGCGCUGGGUGAACAGCCCGGGAGUGGACGACAGAGGAGUGGGUCAGGCAGCGAUCCGAGGGAUGGUUGGAGAAGGGAGGAGGCUGGCAGGAGGCCUGUUGGGUCCCUACAGACAGGACAUGGCGGGACGCUGCGACAGAACGGAGGCUCUGAUGAACUCUCUGGCAGACAUGGCCGGCAGGGGUGAAGCUGAGGCUCCUCAUGCACGAGCUACAGCAGCGCAACUGCAGGACAGCCUCAAGGACCUCAGGCAGCACAUGCAGGAGGUAAUGACCCAGGAAGUAUCUGAUGUUUUCAGUGACACCACCACGCCUGUCAAACUGCUGGCGGUGGCUGCGACUGCUCCACCUGAUGCCCCCAACAGAGCGGAGGUUUUCGAAGAACGUGCAGGAAACUUCGAGGCCCACACAGGUCGACUCGGUGCGACAGCAGAAAAGGCUGCAGCUGUGGGAACAGCCAAUAAGAGCACAGUAGAGGGGAUACACGCUGCUGUGAAACAUGCCAGGGAGCUCACUCCACAGGUGACUUCUGCUGCUCGAAUCCUGCUGAAGAAUCCUGGGAAUAAAGCAGCAUACGAGCACUUUGACACCAUGAAGAACCAGUGGAUUGACAAUGUGGAGAGACUCACCGGUCUGGUGGAUGAGGCCAUAGACACCAAAUCUCUGUUAGAUGCAUCCGAGGAGGCGAUAAAGAAAGACAUCGACAAGUGCCGUGUUGCCAUGGCAAAUGUUCAGCCCCAAAUGCUUGUUGCCGGGGCAACAAGCAUAGCAAGACGAGCUAACCGGGUCCUGUUGGUGGCGAAGAGGGAGGUGGAGAACUCUGAAGAUCCUCGGUUCAGAGACACGGUGAAACACGCGUCAGACAUCCUCUCACACACCAUCUCGCCCAUGGUGAUGGACGCUAAGGCUGUGGCUGGAAACAUACAAGAUAAAGCUCUGCAGAAAGCCUACCUAGACUCCUGUCUGAGGAUUCUGGCUGCAGUUGGAAAGGUCAGAGAAGCCUUCCAGCCUCAGGAGCCUGACUUCCCUCCUCCACCUCCAGACCUGGACCAGCUCCAUGUUAGUGAUGAGCAGGCUCCACCCAAGCCUCCCCUGCCAGAGGGUGAGGUCCCCCCACCACGUCCACCUCCCCCAGAGGAGAAGGAUGAGGAGUUCCCGGAGCAGAAGGUCGGAGAGGUGCUCAGUGAGCCCAUGAUGGUGGCCGCCAGGCAGCUGCACGAUGAGGCACGCAAGUGGUCGAGCAAGCCUGAGGAGGAGGAGGCAGUAGAGGAGAGGGAGGUAGAUGAGGAAGAUGAGUUUACUGAUGGUGAGGAUGACUAUGAGCCAGAACUGCUGAUGAUGCCCUCCAACCAGCCUGUCAAUCAACCCAUUCUGGCAGCUGCCCAGGCUCUCCACCAGGAGGCGCGAAAGUGGUCCAGCAAGGGUAAUGAUAUCAUAGCAGCAGCAAAGCGGAUGGCUCUGCUAAUGGCAGAAAUGUCACGGUUGGUGCGCGGUGGAAGUGGAAACAAACGGGCCCUGAUCCAGUGUGCUAAGGAUAUCGCCAAGGCCUCAGAUGAGGUGACAAGACUGGCCAAAGAAGUAGCCAAGCAGUGCACGGACAGACGCAUCAGAACUAACCUGCUACAGGUGUGUGAGAGGAUCCCCACCAUCAGUACUCAGCUUAAGAUCCUCUCCACUGUCAAAGCCACCAUGCUGGGACGAACCAACAUCAGUGAAGAGGAGUCAGAGCAGGCCACAGAGAUGUUGGUCCACAACGCUCAGAAUCUGAUGCAGUCCGUAAAGGAGACGGUUAGAGAAGCAGAAGCAGCCUCCAUCAAGAUCCGCACAGAUUCAGGUUGCACCCUUCGAUGGGUACGCAAGACCCCCUGGUACCAAUAAAAACCUGGUCACUGAAA